AUGGGGGAAAAACCGUAUUCCUGUGCUGAGUGCGGGAAAUGUUUUUCAGACAAGUCCACUCAAAAGAGACAUCAGAGACUGCACACGGGGGAGAAACCGUAUUCCUGUACUGAGUGCGGGAAAUGUUUUUCAAGGAAUUCACAUCUUUCCAGACAUCAGAGAUCUCACACAGGGAAGAAGCCGUAUUCCUGUCCUGGGUGUGGGAAAUGUUUUACACGGAAAUCCAUUCUUGACACACAUCAGAGAUCUCACACGGGGGAGAAGCCGUAUUCCUGUCCUGACUGCGGGAAAUGUUUUUCAGUGAAGUCCCAUCUUUCCAGACAUCAAAGAUCUCACACAGGGGAGAAGCCACGUUCCUGUCCUGAGUGCGGGAAAUGUUUUUUACAGAAGUCCUACGUUAUCAUACAUCAAAGGUCUCACACUGGUGAGAAACCUUAUUCUUGUUCCGAGUGCGGGAAAAGUUUUGUAAAAGCAUCAAAUCUUGUUACGCAUCAGAGGUCUCACACGGGGGAAAGGCGGUAUCCCUGUCAUGAGUGCGGGAAAUGUUUUUUAGUGAGGUCACAUCUUUACAGACAUCAGAGAGUGCACACGGGCGAGAAGCCAUUUUCCUGUGUUCAGUGUGGGAAAUGUUUUUCAGUGGAAUCCCAUCUUUACACACAUCAGAGGUCGCACACAGGCGAGAAGCCCUAUUCCUGCCCUGAGUGCGGAAAAUGCUUUCCAAGAAAAACGCACCUUGUCAUACAUCGUAGGUCUCACACGGGGGAGAAGCCGUAUUCCUGCUCUGAGUGUGGGAAAUGUUUUACGGACAAGUCCUCUCUUAACAGACAUCAGAGAUUGCACACGGGGGAGAAGCCGUAUUCCUGUCUUGAGUGCGGGAAAUGUUUUGCGCAGAGGUCCAAUCUUUACACACAUCAGAGAUCUCACGCGGGGGAGAAGCCACUUUCCUGUCCUGAGUGCGGGAAAUGUUUCCAAUCUAAAUCGUAUCUUGAUAAGCAUAAAAGAUCCCACACGGGUGAUAAGCCAUAUUCCUGUCCUGAGUGCAGGAAAUGUUUUUUCAGGAAGUCCCAUCUUUCCAUACAUCAAAGAUCUCACACAGGUGAAAAGCCAUAUUCCUGUCCUGAGUGCAAGAAAUGUUUUUCACAGAAGUCCAAUUUCUUAUCAUACAUCAAAGGUCUCACACUGGCGAAAAGCCUUAUUCUUGUUCUGAGUGCAGUGAAAUGUUUUGUAAAAGCAUCAAAUCUUGUUAUACAUCAAAGGUCUCACACGGGGGAAAAGCGUUAUUCCUGUCUUGAGUGCGGAAAAUGUUUUUUAGUUAGGUCACAUCUUUACAGACAUCAGAGAUUGCACACAGGUGAGAAGCCGUAUUCCUGUGCUGAGUGUGGGAAAUGUUUCUCAGUGGAGUCCCAUCUUUAUACUCAUCAGAGAUUGCACACGGGGGAGAAACCGUAUUCCUGUUUUGAGUGCGGGAAAUGUUUUUCAGUGACGUCCAAUCUUUACAGACAUCAGAGAUCGCACAGGGGGGAGAAGCCGUAUUCCUGUCAUGAUGUGGGAAAUGUUUUUUAG